AGUCCUUCCUUUCUCUUCCCUUUCUCUCCAAAACUAUCUAUUAUUCCGCUCUGAGUCUGACCACUUCUCUUCUUCUCUGAUCUGCCACCUUCUUCUCUAUUAGCCAGUAGUACUACUGGUGUUCCCACAUGUCACCAAGAUUAGUACUAUACCGAGCUAGUCUUGAUCGUUUAUUAGCUUCUUUUUCAUAUUAAAUUAGCCUAUACGAUCAUGAGCACCGGCAAUGGAAUGGCGUUCUUCCCAACAAACUUCAUGCUUCAAACCCCUAACGACCAAGAAGAUCAUCACCACCAUAAUCCCCAUCACCACCAUCACCACCACCACCACCCUCCGACCAAUUCGCUCAAUCCAAUCCUUCCACCAUGCCCACCUCAAGAUUUUCAUGGUGUGGCGUCGUUUUUAGGGAAGAGAACGUCGGUGUCGUUUUCGGGGAUGGAGAUGGGGGAGGAGGGGAAUGGGGGAGAGGAUGAGUUGUCGGACGAUGGGUCGCAGGCGGGGGAGAAGAAGAGGCGGCUGAACAUGGAGCAAGUGAAGACGCUUGAGAAGAACUUUGAGUUGGGAAACAAGCUUGAGCCUGAGAGGAAAAUGCAGUUGGCAAGGGCCCUUGGUCUUCAGCCUAGACAGAUUGCCAUUUGGUUUCAGAACAGGAGAGCUCGCUGGAAAACCAAACAGUUGGAGAAGGAUUAUGAUCUCCUCAAACGACAGUUUGAGGCCAUCAAAUCCGACAAUGAUGCUCUUCAAGCUCAGAACCAAAAACUCCAAGCCGAGAUAUUGGCACUGAAAAAUAGAGAGCCAACGGAGUCCAUAAAUCUCAACAUUAAAGAAACAGAAGGGUCGUGCAGUAACAGAAGCGAAAACAGCUCUGAUAUUAAGUUGGACAUCUCUAGAACGCCAGCCAUAGACAGCCCUAGUCUUAAUUCCAAUCAUCCAAUCACAAGCAGACCUCUCUUUCCAACCUCCAACAUGAGGCCUAAUUCCGGUGUGGCACAGCUCUUCCAAAACUCAUCAUCAUCAGCAAGAUCAUCAGAUCAACAACAGCUACAAUACCAGAAGCUUAAUACUAGUAGUACCACUGUUGAUCAUCAGCACCACCACCAUCACGUGGUUAAAGAGGAGAGCAGCCUAAGCAACAUGUUCUGCGCCAUAGAUGAUCAGUCCGGGUUUUGGCCAUGGUUGGAACAGCAACAUUUCAAUUGAUCACGAGCAAAAUUUCACGCCCCAAUUUAUCAAAUUGGGGUCGUAUUUUAUGUUAUGAAUUAUGAUCAUACCGAAAAAUUGGCCUGCGAGGGUGCAAUUUGAUAUUUGUAAUUAAAAUUAAGAAGGAUAUCGAAUGUCCUUUGCAUGGUUUUGGUGCUUGGGGAAUUAAGGGAAGGGUACUACUCAUGUCGUUGUAUAAAGUUGAUUAUAUUAUACAUGAUCAUCAAGUACUACUUGAGUUUUUCCACUUUGGGGGGCUGAUCAUAAUUAAAUCUUUUAUGGAGGCGAGAAUAAUAAAAAGGGUUUUUGUUGCGUCUUUUGAAUUUAUUUACAUGUUAUACCAUGUUAUUUUCAUUUUUAUUUUGUCGUUCUAGAGUUUAGAAUAGGA